CUCACACACUCACACACACUGAGAACACACUCCUGUGUCAGUUCUCCACAGUGAGCAGCGAUGUGACCCACAUUUCCUCGGAUGUGUCGGAGUGGAAGCGGGCGGCGGGAGCAGAAAAGUCGGUGCCGAGGUCAGCCGCUCUCCGUUUGUCCGCCGGCGCGUCUCCGGAGCUCCAGGAGCGGCUGGACGCGUGGCCGUGCGGAGGCAGCGUCCCUCAGCCAGAUGAUUCCCGUCAGUACUUCCUGCUGCCCGUCUCUCUGCGUCCACAUGGGCUGAACAGAGCUCGGAGUUUCCACCACACCCAACUGACCAAUCAGAUCCCACCAGUCACAGGCCCAGAGGGAAGCCAAGAUGUCUGUGGGCCGCAGGAAAGCCAGGGUGCUCUGCGUGACGAUGAUAUUCAACAUCUUCAUCUGCAUCCUGGUGGGCAUUUCGUGGAACCUGAGCCACAGCAAGAGCGGCCAACAGAAGGUCCGAAUCCCGUCCGAGAGAUUCUGGCGCCGGCAGACGGUGAGUGAGUCUUUCUGGAACAAGGAGCAGCAGCGCCUGGACUUCAUUUACAACCCCGUCUUCAAGAUGGCGCUGUCCAACGACUCCCUCGCCAACCUGCCGGAUUGGCUGAAUGACACCGGACCCCUCGACCCCUGCGAGCCAGACCGCAGGGUCUCCACGCAAAUCUGGGACUACAAUUCUUUGCCGCAGCGCUUCCAAGACUUCCUGUUGCACAUGCGCUGCAGGACGUACCCCAUGCUGAUCAAUCAGCUCCAUGUCUGCGACAAGAAGCCCUACCUCCUGUUGGCCAUCAAGUCGCUGGCUCCCCACUUUGACCGGCGCCAGGCAAUUCGAGAAUCCUGGGGACGGGCGGGCGUCUUAGCCAACCGGGUCAUAGCAACGGUGUUCCUCCUGGGCAACGCCACAGCUACGGAUCACUUCCCCGACCUGUCGUGGAUGCUGGACCACGAGGCAGAGCUUCACAAAGACCUCCUCCAAUGGGACUACAGGGACACCUUCUUCAACCUCACCCUCAAGGAGGUGCUCUUCCAGCAGUGGUUCAGCCAGCACUGCCCGCACGCCGAGUACGUCCUCAAGGGUGAUGACGACGUCUUCGUCAACACUCUGCGAAUUAUUGACUUCCUGGAAGGUCUGCCAAAGACCAGAGCCAAGGAUCUCUUCAUGGGCGAUGUCAUCAGCAACGCUGGCCCGCAUCGAGACCGGAAACUUAAGUACUUCAUCCCAGAGAGCGUGUUUGUGGGUCAGUACCCGCCCUACGCAGGGGGCGGAGGGUACCUGUAUUCUGGGAAUUUGGCGCUGCGCCUUUACAACGUAUCCCGGCAGGUGGCGCUGUACCCCAUCGAUGAUGUCUACACCGGGAUGUGCCUCAAAAAGCUUGGCCUUGUGCCAGACAAGCACAAGGGCUUCAAGACAUUUGACAUUGAGGGGAAGUACAGGGACAACCCGUGCAUCUACCGGAGUCUGAUGCUGGUGCACAGCCGGACGCCGCAGGAGAUGCUGAGGAUUUGGUCGUGGCUCGUCCGUCCUGAGCUGGACUGCCAGUGAGCAACUGUGUUCAAAGACGCUUAUUUUGUUCUUUUUAGUCCUUUUCUAUGAUGGCGUGUUAGUGCCAUUGUAGGGGGGAAAAUAUUAUGGAGCCAGGUGGCAUGGGGUGAUAUUCUUAGGAAAAAAACUCAGAAUUUCCAAGAUUAAAGUGAUACAUUUACAUGAAAAAAACUCACAAAUUUACGAGAAAAAAACUCUUUUAUGGAACCACAUGUGCAGACUGUGCCAUUCGCUGUGUAUCACGCCUGCAGCUGAUGACCUCAUCAAAUUCUACUUUGCAAAUGUAUUUAGUAACAAGGAAAUGCUGGUGAUUUUAGCCAAGAAUCACAAUAUUGUUUUCUUCUGAAUCAGCACAAGCC